AGAAUAAUAAUUACAAAAUUAUAAACCAAAAAAAACAAAAGAGAGAGAGACUAAUGCCUCUCGGCACUCGCCUUCUAAAUACCCCCACCAGCGCCACCAAAUUCUCCUCCUCAACGCUUCCCUCCUCCUCUGCUUCUCACUACCUCUCUUCCCAUUUUGCCCUUCCCUCUCUCCUCCGAUUCCCUCUUAAUAUUAAACACUCUUCUUCCUUGUUCAGGGUAUUUUCGUCCUCUCAACCUGCAACCACCUCUACUUCCACCAUGGGUGAUGCUCCUGAUGCUGGCAUGGAUGAUGUCCAGAGACGCCUCAUGUUUGAGGAUGAAUGCAUUUUAGUAGAUGAGAAUGAUCGUGCUGUUGGUCAUGCUUCCAAAUAUAGUUGUCAUUUAUGGGAAAAUAUUUUGAAGGGGAACUCAUUACAUAGAGCUUUUAGCGUAUUUCUCUUUAACUCAAACUAUGAGCUACUCCUCCAGCAACGCUCUGCUACAAAGGUGACAUUCCCGCUUGUGUGGACGAACACUUGCUGCAGUCAUCCUCUAUAUCGUGAAUCUGAGCUUAUUGAUGAGGAUGCUCUUGGUGUUAGAAAUGCUGCGCAAAGGAAGCUUCUGGAUGAGCUUGGUAUCCCUGCGGAAGAUGUUCCAGUCGAUCAGUUUACCCCACUAGGACGCAUGCUAUACAAGGCGCCUUCUGAUGGAAAAUGGGGAGAGCAUGAACUUGAUUAUCUGCUCUUCAUAGUUCGUGAUGUUAAUGUUAAUCCAAAUCCUGAUGAGGUAGCUGAUGUUAAGUAUGUUAACCGGAAUGAGUUGAAGGAGCUGUUAAAGAAAGUGGAUGUUGGCGAGGAAUGUUUGAAGUUGUCACCUUGGUUUAGACUGGUUGUGGACAAUUUCUUGUUCAAAUGGUGGGAACAUGUCGAAAAGGGGACACUCAAAGAAGCUGCUGACGUGAAAACAAUUCACAAGUUAACUUGAUAUUAUAUAAUCUAUUUGGGGCAAAGUUUGACUGUAGCUUUAUUUGAAUAAAAGUUUGGUCAUGUAAGUUCUAAACAAGUUAGUAUUACUUUGCUGCUAUGGCCUUUAGUAAUUUUAGCCUGGUUAUGUUAAAACUUCGAGAUAUUACCUGAAAGCAUUUAGAAAUCUUUGAUUUGGCAUGAAGCAAGUGGAGUUUUGGCUAUUCAAGCA